CUUGAAAAAAAAAUCUGUCUCUCACAGAUGAGGGCACAUCUGCCGGAGUCCGAACUGCUUCAUUCGAGAGAGACUUGCACACCUCAGCUCGGGGCGUUUCAGUCACCAGUCACUUGGAAUUGUACUCUCCUUAUCAAGGCUCUCUCUGGUACCUACCGAAAGACAUUCUGACAUGAAAAGGCAUGCUGUGAUCCAAUAUGUGCCAAUUAUUAUGAUACCGCACAAAAUUAGGACUUCGACGUCUCUAUCCGGGAAAAAUCUAUCAGAGUAAGAUUGAGAGAGGGAUUUUUGCCUGGUUGAGUACCAUCUAAACAUGCAACAUGAAUCCCACUAACAGCACUGGAGCUGGUGGGCUUGCGCCCUGGAACUUAAACAGCUCCUUGAGCAACAUUUCCAGUGAUGUCUUGUCAGCCAACCUCAGCUGUAAUGAUUCUGGCACUAAUGAGACCUGUGUGGUGGGGGAGGAGGAGGUGGGAAGCCCCUACAAAGCCGUGGAGAUGGUCUUCAUCGCCCUGGUUACAGGCUCCCUUAGUUUUGUCACUGUCACAGGAAACAUCCUGGUGAUGCUCUCCAUUAAAGUAAAUCGGCACCUCCAGACGGUCAACAACUACUUCCUGUUUAGCCUGGCGUGUGCAGACCUUAUCAUUGGUGCGUUCUCCAUGAACCUCUACACUGUCUACAUCAUCGUGGGCUAUUGGCCCCUGGGACCUGUAGCGUGUGACUUGUGGCUGGCCCUGGAUUACGUGGUGAGCAAUGCUUCUGUCAUGAACCUUCUUAUUAUUAGCUUUGACCGCUACUUCUGUGUCACCAAGCCCCUGAGCUAUCCAGCCAGAAGGACCACCAAAAUGGCUGGGCUGAUGAUUGCAGGUGCCUGGAUUCUUUCCUUCAUUCUUUGGGCCCCUGCUAUCCUGUUUUGGCAGUUUAUUGUUGGAGAACGCACGGUUCCACCUGGAGAGUGCUACAUUCAGUUUCUCUCCAAUCCUGCUGUCACUUUCGGCACAGCCAUCGCUGCCUUCUACCUGCCUGUGGUCAUCAUGAUGGUGCUCUACAUCCACAUCUCUCUGGCCAGCCGCAGCCGGGUGUCCAAGCAGAAGCCUGAGGCUGAGAAAAAGAAGAAGGGCCUCAAGAUACCUAACCCACUCAAGAGCCACAUCCUUAACAGACAGAAUAACAACAACCAGUCCCCCAAGCCCAGUCUGGAGUCCUGCAACACUGGUGAAGCUGUGAAGAAUGGCAAGAUUGAUGAGUCUGUUGUUUCCACCAAGGCUGACGCUAGUGUCAAUCCAGAAGAGAAAGAGAGUUCCAAUGGCUCCAGCAUGGCCAGCAUUGCCCCCAAGGAGAGGGCCAACAGUGAAGCCAUUUCCGAGGGGGGCCUUGGCAUUGCUCCUGCACCUGAACCUGCACCUGCAGCGGCAACCGUUAAACUCAACCCUGCCUCUAAAUGGUCCAAGAUCAAGAUUGUAACCAAGCAGGCUGGUGACGAGUGCAUUACUGCCAUCGAGAUUCAGCCACCCACCCAGGGGGGCGAGACCCGCUCUAUCCCAGUCAACCGCCCCCGGAAGGUGGCGCGCAAGUUUGCCAGUAUUGCCCGCAGCCAGGUGAAGAGGAAGCGCCAAAUGGCAGCCAGGGAGAAAAAGGUGACCAAAACCAUCUUCGCCAUCCUGCUUGCCUUCAUCCUCACAUGGACCCCGUACAACGUCAUGGUGCUCAUCAGCACCUUCUGCCACUCCUGUGUCCCGGACACUGUGUGGGCCAUCGGCUACUGGCUGUGCUACGUCAACAGCACCAUCAACCCAGCCUGCUACGCCCUCUGCAACGCCACCUUCAAGAAGACCUUUAAGAAUCUCCUCAUGUGCCAGUAUAAGAAUAUUGGAACAAGAUGAGCUGGAGCAUACAUACAGUAGUAGGGCUGGUGAGGGGUAAUAUUACUGAGACAUCUGGAGGGCUGAGUGGUUACAGUUGAAGGGGAGGAGGGAGCCUCCAAAGUGAGCCUCCACAGUCAUGUUUAUGAACUUAUGUCACACUCAACGCUCCUCUGAGAUGUCUUAGCCACAGAAGAUAGUAACAUCUUAGCUACGUCCAAAUGAUACAGUAUGAAUAUGAUGGCCAAUGUGAGGAUGGGGCAAAUGAAGAAUCUGAGAUCAGCCAAAGUUAUAGAGUCCAAACAUGUCUAAGUUGUUUUCUUUUCCCCCCUGGACCCUUAUUGUGAUGACCAACGAGGACUAAUUCGUAUCCACUGAAACGUGGUAACAAUCUUCAAAAAGCCCAGCUGAACGUCUAUAGACUAAGGCCAGGCCAAGACUUCCGUCAUCCCUCUCCAAGAUACCACCACCAAAAUCAGAGACAGUGAGGGCAGUGUUACAUAAUGUCUGGGUGUACGGCAAAAGACACAUUAAAAAGGAGCUUGGAAAUCUUCCUUUAUACAACAGUAUAAAAGGAAACAAGCAUGAAAUGUCUAAUUAAAAUAUCCAUUUCCUCCUUUCCCUCCUCCUUGAGAAAAUGAUUAACUCUUCACGGAAAUGGAGGCACUCCCUCACAUCAGUGAAUCAUAAUCAUAAUGUGAUAUGGAGAGCAAAGAUGAUAUGGAUCCUUUGUUGUUGCAGACCGUCUAACCUCGAGGCUAGUUGCACGUACGUCAACAUACUGCUGGUGACUUGAAAUAAGUUGUUACCCCUGAAAGUACUGUAUGCAUAUCCAUUCACCUCCCACUGACCAACAAAAUAUUGAUGUAUAUGUUUUGUUCAAAAUUUAUCUUCAAAAGUGACAAACUGUUGAUGGCAGUACAAGGCCAAUGCAUAAGUAACAACCAGUGUUUGGCUCCAAACAAUUCAUGUAUCGUGUUGUUGCGUUAUACGGAGGAAAACCCACCGGCAACGAUAAAGCUUUAAUUCAUUGCCAGCUUCACAAUUAUGGAAGUGUUGUGUUUUUAAAUUUGGCCUUCACUGCAACUGGAACUGCCGGUACAAAAUACAAACACUUGUUUAUAGGGGAUACUUAUCUCGAGAGUAUUAAACAUAUUUUCUAUGUUAUCUCCUGCCUAAUUAAGAAUGUGUAAAUAGAAGGCCAUUGUUUUUCUCUAAAAAGUGCAGUUUCUCUCAUGCAUUUCAUAUCUGAAUGUUUGUACCUCUCUUGUAUUAUGUUUGUGAUUUACACCUAAUUUUACAAAUUGAAUAUAAACUAUCUAUAUAUAUAUAAAUAUAUAUAUAUAUAUAACUGUAUGUAUAUGCAAAAGAUAUUAAGAGAGUGUAUUUCUAAAUUGAUUUAAAGUCAGGAAUUUGGGGGAAAAAAAUGUAACCAGUUGUUUUUUGGUGACUAAGUCCCUUAUAUUUGUAAAUUUGCCACUAUUCUCCAUGUUGGAUUACAAUGUGUGAAGUCCAGCUUGUACCUCCCCAGCCUAUAUCCAUAUUCAUGAGGUCACACCAAUGAUUAGGUGGGUAAUAUUACUAGCUUAUCUAACUGGUUCAAUGCAUUUUCAAAGAAGGACCUUCUAACAAAGAACUAAAUGCAUCAAAGUAGGGAUUAGUGGGGGAAAAUAACUGAUGUUGUCUGGGCAUGACCUGGUAAUGUAAAAUGACCAGCUAUGGAUGUGCAUCCAUAUAAAACAGAUUUUGAAAUGUUCAUGGGGUGAUAAAGCUUGAUGAAUAAUCCUACUUUAAUUGAUGAAUAUCACAUUGGAAUGACAGGCUGGCUGCGACCCCAAAAAAAGAGUGAAAGGGAGAGUGUAAAACAUGACCACAGUUUCCUGUAGUAUGGCCCCUUCCCUAAAACAACUAUCCAGAGACAGUGUACAGAGGAUUGUAUCUUUUUCUAAUGCUUAAUAAAGAUCUUGUACCAUU